UCCAAAACGCUUCCCUCCUCAUUUCUCUCAUCUCCUUUCGUCAGAUCUCACUCUUCUUUUCCCUGACCCGGUAGUAUUGCUUUCCUUUCAAUUCACUACAUAAAAUUCAAAAGCCAACAAAAUUUCAAUUUUUCUUUUUUACAUCUGAUUAUUAACAGUGAAGCUUUUUUUUUGUCUAGGGUUUGUUUUUUUUGUGAUUCGAUAAAUUUCUUCUAUUACCAUGGCUGCUCCACCUGCAAGAGCUCGCGCCGAUUACGACUACCUAAUAAAGCUCCUUUUGAUCGGCGACAGCGGUGUGGGUAAGAGUUGCCUCCUUUUGCGUUUUUCGGAUGGCUCGUUUACUACAAGUUUUAUCACAACCAUUGGGAUUGACUUUAAGAUAAGGACCAUAGAGCUUGACGGGAAAAGGAUCAAGCUGCAAAUUUGGGAUACUGCUGGGCAAGAGAGGUUUCGAACAAUUACAACUGCUUACUAUCGUGGAGCCAUGGGUAUCUUGCUUGUGUAUGAUGUGACUGAUGAAUCAUCUUUCAAUAACAUCAGAAACUGGAUUCGAAAUAUUGAACAACAUGCAUCAGACAAUGUCAACAAGGUUCUGGUGGGUAAUAAGGCUGACAUGGAUGAAAGCAAAAGGGCUGUCCCUACUUCAAAAGGCCAAGCUCUUGCUGAUGAAUAUGGCAUCAAGUUCUUUGAGACUAGUGCAAAAACAAACUUAAAUGUUGAGGAGGUUUUCUUUGCAAUAGCCAGGGACAUUAAGCAAAGACUUGCGGAUAGUGAUGCUAGGGCUGAGCCAAAUGCAAUCAAAAUUAACCCACAAGAUCAGGCCGAAGGAUCUGCAGCAAAUGCUCAAAAAUCAGCUUGCUGUGGGUCUUGAACAAAGCUAUGAUUGACAAUGAGCUCUGAUGGGUACAUUUUCUUCUCUCAGGAGCUUUUUUGGUUUGGGAAAACUAAUUUCAUCAUAACUAUAUCGUUCGUGUUUGUAUUCUCCUGCUUAUCAUUAUUUUUACAUCUAUUUAUCUUUUGGUUUGAAAUGUUAGAUCCUUAAAAUUCUGCAGAAAUUAAUCAUAUUAGAUUGUUUUUC